GCUCAUGCCUUUGGCAGUCGUAGUCUUGUGUGCUUUCUGGGGAUUUUAGAAGCCUGCCCCAAACUACAGCUGCUAGUUGGAUUGGAUAGAGGACUAUAGUUAGAGAUGUUGCCUGCGGGGUUCUUCUACCAGGUGUGGGGGGCGAUGCCUGUGAUGUCGUCUGUGUAAAGGGAGAGGUUCCCUUCAGCAAGCGUCUCCAUGGGGAAGCGCUAUUUCUGUGACUACUGCAACCGCUCUUUCCAGGACAACCUCCACAACAGGAAGAAGCACCUAAACGGGGUUCAGCACCUCCGGGCCAAGAAGGUCUGGUACGAUCUGUUCCGAGAUAGUGCAACCAUCCUGCAGGAGGAGCAGAGUAAGAAGCCGUGUCGGGAAUUCCUGCUAUCAGGACGGUGUGAUUUCGGCCCCAACUGCAGGUUCUCCCACAUGACAGAGGAAGAUCUGGAGCAGCUGAAUGCUCAUGUGCAAGUCCCCUCUCGGAGGAAGAGUCUGUUUUCCAGUAUCCACCUGGUUGGCCUUCGGUCCAGGAUCUUCCACCUUCCCUGCAGGCUCCGCCUCCUGGUGGAUGGCGGGUCCCACCCAAUCUCCAAUGGGGAUGACUGUGCUGACACAACCAGGACGCCCUUCGGAACACCAGCCGGUGUCCCUUAUGCCUUUGCUCCCAGUGUUGCUGAGGAAAUACAACAGGAACAGGGAACCUGGGGGCCUCCAGAUGUUGAACUACAGCUCCCAUCCUCCCCAGACGGUGGCCGUGUUGGUUGGUGCUGAUUGGAGCUGGAAUCUUGGGGCGCCGCCACAUCCUCCCCAUCCCUCAUAUCGGAUGUACAUGUAUAUCCUUUCAGCUUUUCUGAUUAUUGACAGGUAUCCUGCUGCUCACGUUCAUGCAUAUGUAAUGCGGAAAAUGCAAAGGAGAAUCAAAACGAAGUGGACCUUAUUUAACGUAAUGGUUUGAUGAGAAAAAAGAAAAUGUGAAAACUGCUAAUUGAAGAAGUCACUGAGGGGCAAGAUUGGAAGAAUGGAAGAUUGGGCACUGAGGGGUUUGCUCUGGCAGUCCUUGAAAGGGUGUCCCAGGGUAGAGUGGUCUGUAAGAGGUUCCCCCAUCUCAAGGCUCUCCAUUGCAGAUCCGUUCUCUCC